GGCCCCGCCCCCAGGCCCCGCCGCGUCUCCUUGACCCUCCGGCAGGAAAUGGCGGCGCCGGCCCUCGCCCGCUGCGUGGCCAGGCCAGGGAUGCUGCCCUUCGGCCAGGCGUGGGGCAGAGCCGCCCGGCGGCCCCCCGGCCCCCCGCCCGCCCAGCGCCGCGCCUUCAGCAACAACAGGGUCCUGGUGGAGCUGGACGAGAGCGCAGGUGUAGCUACGAUGAAGUUUAAGAGCCCUCCGGUUAACAGCCUCAGCCUGGACUUCCUCACCGAGUUUUGCAUAAGCUUGGAGAAGCUGGAGAACGACCGGGCCUGCCGGGGCGUGAUCCUCACAUCCGCUGUCCCCAAAAUCUUCUCGUCUGGCCUGGACAUCACCGAGAUGUGUGGGAAGAGCACGGAGCACUAUGCUGAGUUCUGGAGGGCCGUGCAGGAGAUGUGGCUCCGGCUGUACAGCUCCAACAUGGUGACAGUCGCUGCAGUCAAUGGAUCCAGUCCGGCUGGAGGCUGUCUCAUUGCCUUGACGUGUGACUACAGAAUCAUGGCAGAGAACCCCAAAUUCAGCAUUGGCCUGAACGAAGCCCAGCUGGGCAUUGUGGCUCCCUUCUGGUUUAAGGACACAUUUGUCAACGUUGUGGGACAUCGAGUUGCUGAACGUUCCCUCCAGCUGGGCUCCCUCCACUCUGCACCUGAGGCCCACAGGAUUGGCCUUGUGGACGAGCUGGUGCCAGAGGAAAAGCUGAAGGACAGGGCCAUGGCUGUUAUGCAGCAGUGGCUGGCCCUUCCCGACCAUGCCCGUCAGCUCACCAAGACCAUGAUGAGGAAGGCAGUGCUGGACCGGCUGGUAGCUCACCGGGAAGAAGACGUUCAGAACUUCAUCAGCUUCAUCUCAAAAGAGUCCAUCCAGAAGUCCCUCCGCAUGUACAUGGAGACGCUGAAGAAGAAGAAGAGCUGAGGAGCCAGCCAGCUGGGGCUCGGUCCCAGGAGCUUUCAUGACCCUCCAAAACACUGCAGUAGGUGUAGACUUGCACGCUGAAGCCAUCUGCAGUGUCAGCGCCUGGUGACGUGCUGCCUGCUCCUGUGGCUGCCCCAACCAACCCUUCCCGGUAGUCCCCAUAGAGUGCCUGACACCACUGCUGCCUUCCUGAGAGCAAGGAGAGCUGUUUGCUCAGCUCACCCAAGGAACAGACAGGGAGAGUCUUGACAGCACUGCAGCCUCAGCCUGCGGGUCCUUGGAUGUCCUCCCUCCUGUCCAACAGCUAAUUGUGAAAAUGGAAUUUGUCAAUAAAGUCUUUGAUGAGGUA